GGACAUAUAUAAGUAGAAUCUUCAAUUACCGUAAAACUUAAGAAACAAAGAAAACCCUAAUUCCAAAGAAUACGAAGAAUGAGUUACAGAGUCGCUAAACCUUCGGAGUAUCUGGCGAUCACCGGUGGUGGGAUCAAAGAUAUCAAGCUUGCGAAGAAGUCUUGGGUGUUUCCAUGGCAGUCUUGCACUGUCUUUGACGUUUCUCCGGUGAACUAUACGUUCGAUGUUAAGGCUAUGAGUUCCGAGAAACUCCCCUUUGUUAUCCCGGCUGUUUUCACAAUCGGCCCGCGUGUUGAUGACCCUCACGCUCUGUUAUUGUACGCUAUGCUUAUGUCUCAACACGACAAGCACUCGAAUCACGUCAAUGAGCUUGUUCAAGGUGUUAUCGAAGGAGAGACUCGUGUUCUCGCUGCCUCCAUGACCAUGGAAGAGGUCUUCAAAGGAACAAAGGAGUUCAAGAAAGAAGUGUUUGACAAGGUUCAACUAGAACUAAACCAGUUUGGUCUUGUGAUCUACAACGCCAAUGUGAAGCAGCUUGUUGAUGUGCCUGGAUAUGAGUACUUCUCUUACUUGGGCCAGAGAACUCAGAUGGAAGCAGCAAACCAAGCCAAGAUCGAUGUAGCAGAGGCACAGAUGAAGGGAGAGAUAGGUGCCAAAGAACGGACCGGGCUCACAGUCCAGAAUGCAGCAAAUAUUGACGCUGACUCAAAGAUCAUAUCCACUCAGAGACUAGGGCAAGGGACAAAGGAGGAGAUUAAGGUGAAGACUGAGGUCAAAGUGUUUGAGAAUGAGAAGGAGGGUCUUGUAGCUGAGGCUGACGCAGCAUUGGCGAUUCAGAAAGCUGCGUUGUCGAAGAAUUCUCUUCUGGCUGAGGUUGAAGCAGCCAAGGCAGUUGCUUUAAGGGAAGCUGAGCUUCAGACUAAAGUCGAGAAAAUGAAUGCAUUGACUCAGACAGAGAAGCUUAAGGCCGAGUUCUUAAGUAAAGCUAGUGUUGAGUAUGAAACUAAGGUACAAGAAGCAAACUGGGAGCUAUACAAUAAGCAAAAGCAAGCGGAAGCAGUUCUUUACGAGAAGGAGAAGCAAGCGGAGGCAAUGAAAGCUGCGGCUGAUGCUAUUUUCUAUUCGAAACAGAGAGAUGCAGAGGGACUUGUCGCUAUGGCCAAUGCUCUAGGGACUUAUCUUAGGACCCUCUUAGACGCAGUUGACAAUGAUUACACAGCUAUGAGAGACUUCUUGAUGAUCAACAAUGGUGUUUAUCAGGAUAUUGCCAAGAACAACGCGGUUGCAAUCAGAGACUUGCAGCCUAAAAUCAGUGUUUGGAACCAUGGUGGUGCUAAUCAGGGGAUGAAUGGUGGUGGUAAUGGUAAUGCUAUGAAUGAUAUUGCUGGACUGUACAAGAUGUUGCCACCGAUUCUUGAAACGGUUUAUCAUCAGACCGGAAUGCAGCCACCGGCUUGGAUUGGUACACUAGGUGGUGCUGAACCCAAACAAUCACUUCUGGCUCUACAACAAAGAGGUUGAGAUCUCAAGAGUGUUU